AUGGCAGCUAUAUAUCGGUCGUGUCGGGUACGCCCUUUGCCUCCUCGAGUCAUCUCCCGUGAACAACUUCGCUAUGUGACUUGCAGCCGGAGAGCACUGGGUCUUGCGGCAAAAUCCCCCGCGACGGAGCCUUCCACUUGCGCCCCCGAAAGCCCAAUUCAAAAUACACCGAGAUCCACCAAACCUGGAAACGAACAAUACUUCAAUGACAUUCUUUUCCGCAGCAACAAGACAGGACAAGUCGCAAUUCGCGUACCACCAAAGUUCGCUUCCAAGGAGGAUGAACGCGAGUAUCAAAAACAACAUCUGGCGGUUGCGUUUCGGGCCCUCGCCCGACAGGGCUACGAUGAGGGCCUCUCGGGACACAUAUCAUUAAGGGACCCAGUGAAUCCCGAACACUUUUGGAUCAACCCAUUGAGCAAACACUUCGCCAUGAUGCGCGCCUCCGAUCUGGUAUUAGCCGACGAGCACGGACACGUUCUACCCGGAGGAGCUCAGCGGCCCUUCAACGUGGCCGCCUUUGUAAUCCACAGCGAGAUUCACAAGGCACGCCCGGACGUCAAUGCAGCCUGCCAUGCCCAUUCGAUUCACGGGAGGGCAUUCUCGUGCUUCGGGAAACCACUCGAAAUGAUCUUUCAAGAUGCGCUGAAAUUCUAUAAGGACCACGCUAACCACGGGUUGAUCACCUGUGGCAGUACACCAGACGAGGCCGCAUUUUUGUUCAUAUCUCUCGACCGGUGCUGCCACGCCCAGCUGAUGGCCAAUGCGGCAUCCGGUCCCGGUUGGGAAAAACGUCACAUCCCUAAGGAGGAGGCCGAGUGGGUUCAGAGACGGCGUGGGAAUUCGAAUCGGAUGUGGUUAUCGUUUCAGCCUUAUUUUGACCAGGAGGUCGAAGCAGACCCAUCGGUAUUGGAGUAA